GUAUCUGUAUUACCAUUGCCUUGUCAGCCUUUUUGGCAAAAUUGAAAGUUGAAAUUUUUUUUGUUGCCAGCUGUCAAGUGCUGGAAUUAUUUUAAGUGUAUCCCUGGGUUACAUGAAAAUAAAAAAUGGCUUCAAGGGGGUUGUAUUAUACCCCACCAGGUACUGAUGGAUCGGAACAUACUUAUAGACAACGGGUUGCUAGUCAUUAUCAAAUAAGUGCUUUAAAUAAAUCGAGACUUAAAUAUUGUAUGUUUUUCCACUACUUGCUAUUUUUAGCAAUGUUUGCCAAACUCUCGGCUGAUAUAUUAGACAAAUUAGAUAUUUUUAUAUUAGAAAUUGAAGAACUUAGCAUUCCUAAGCCUCUUUGGUGGGAAUAUAUAUGGUGUAUUAGUCUCCUUUCAUCAAUUUUUGGUCUGGAUGCUACAAAAAAGAAUAGAGUCGCUGUUAUGAGAAAUUAUGUGGUUAGCCUAAUUCUAUUUGGAUUCCUUCCGCUUAUAUAUGCUAUAAUAUAUUAUUUCUCAGAUGUAUGGAUAUAUCUUACUGGUGAUGAAGACUCAGACGAAAUACAUAUGUGGCAGGGAUAUCCAUAUGGAAUGCUGUGGUAUGCAUUUAUAUUAUUAGCACUACAAGUCCAUUCUUUUUCCUUGUAUUUCGCAUGGAAGCUGAUAACUGUGUGGAAAAUGAAAUAUGGCACAAAAAAGAUUGAUUGAAAACAGAAUAAUAACAUAAUUUUGAAAUUAUGGUUUGUGCUAAAAGACAAAUUGCUCAUAGUUUGUUUAUAAUUUAACUAUGUGUUCAUUAAUUAUUUAAAUAGUUUAAGUGUAUAUACAUGAAAAAAUUUGAUUGUUUUUUUUCAAGAAUAUAUGACUUUUUUACUUUGCUGUUGCAAUAUGAAAAAUAUACAAAUGUUAUAAUAAUUGUAAAUCUAUAUUAUAUUAUA